AUGUUCGUCGACACCACCUGCUCCUCCUCCUCCUCUCAAUGGCUCCACUCUCCAGCAAGUGACCACCAGCCGCUCAAAAGCCGCUACACCAUCUACCACGAGCUCGGAUCGGGUCUCCACGGUCGCGUCCUCUUAGCAUACGACCAUCUUGUCCAUCGUGACGUUGCAAUCAAAGUCCCUGCAGGCUUCCCACCAGUGAGUCCCAGAUCAGGGAUCACCAAGUGUCCACCAGACCAGGAGCUCCAGCACCAAGUGUCCUCACUAAUCCACGAAUUCCACGCCAUGGCUUGCAUACAGCAUCCAAAUGUACUGCAAGUCGAUCACUUAGUUACUCGUUCGAGCAACUACGUGGCACUCGUGACGGAGUUUGCACCCAACGGUGACCUAUUUGACUUACUCGAGACCAGUGGAGCGCUCCCAGAACCCCUAGGAAAAGUCUACACGUGUCAAUUGUUACGGGCACUAGCAGCUUGUCAUGCCAAUGGGGUCGUCCAUCGGGACGUCAAGCCCGAGAACUUGCUGCUGGAUGCAACGUAUCAGCUCAAACUCGCGGACUUUGGCGUUGGGGCUACUGCUCCUUUGGGGAUGCAGGUGCACGACUUGAUGCUUCGAGAUGAGAGCGGUACGGCACUGUACAUGGCCCCGGAAGUCAAGUCUUCACAAGGCUUUUACCGGGGACCACCUGUGGAUGUUUGGUCAGCUGGCAUCGUGCUGUUCAUCCUGUUGACGGGCUUGCCACCAUUCGAUCGAGCCGAGCGAGGCGACGUCUCGUACGACGCUCUUCUAGCUCGAGACUUUGCGUCCUUUUGGAAGUCGCAGCCUGACCAGGUGCUCUGGACAGUCUCAGCUGGAGCUCGACACCUCAUCACGUCCAUGCUUCGAGCUCCGAAUGAACGUAUCACUGUGACGGAAGCGCUGCAGCAUUCGUGGCUACGAGGAGGUGCCGAUCAAGUGGACUCGGAUUGGAUCCACCAGGCGGUUCUGACGCACCUGGAAGCAGCUCGAACGGCCAAGAAUGCAUCGCCGAGCUAG